AUGCUGCAAGGAUUACUAAAACCAGGGUCGGAGUACGAGCUGUUAUCUAUCACUACGCAGUGUAUCCUACUGUCAAUAUUCUUCGCCGCCUGGUCUGUGGCUAAAAUGGAUUUUGCGACAUUGACAGUAUAUUGUUCUGCAACUACUAGUGAGACAACUGAACGAAUCACAAUACUACUCUUUACUUUAUGUGGUGCAGAUGCGGUAUCUCUGGCGGGAAUAGCGUUCUUGCAAGCAUUCAACGUUGCUGCAAUAAAAAUGGACUUUUCUGAUUUGCGAUCGUCAUAUCAACUGCGUGAAAACACAAGCGUCCUAGGAGUCAUCCUACCACUAAUAAUCUUUGAUGGAUUCUGCCAUUUAGCGUAUUCAACCACGCGAGGAGUGCUUUUACUGUUCAGAGGAUUCUUUUCAAAUGUCACAUAUAGAACCGUAUUGACUGCAUCUUAC